AUGAAAUACUUCCAAUCUUUGCGUUUACUAUCAUCAUCAUCAUCAUCAUCAUCAUCAUCAUCAUCAUCAUCAUCAUCAUCAUCAUCAUCAUCAUCAUCAUCAUCAUCAUCAUCAUCAUCAUCAUCAUCAUCAUCAUCAUCAUCAUCAUCAUCAUCAUCAUCAUCAUCAUCAUCAUCAUCAUCAUCAUCAUCAUCAUCAUCAUCAUCAUCAUCAUCAUCAUCAUCAUCAUCAUCAUCAUCAUCAUCAUCAUCAUCAUCAUCAUCAUCAUCAUCAUCAUCAUCAUCAUCAUCAUCAUCAUCAUCAUCAUCAUCAUCAUCAUCAUCAUCAUCAUCAUCAUCAUCAUCAUCAUCAUCAUCAUCAUCAUCAUCAUCAUCAUCAUCUUUCACAGCCACUUCUCUCAAUGAUGAUUAUCUUAGCCCGUUUCUUGCUUGA